UUGACAGUUUGACAGUCAUCAAUGCACGUAACAUGAAGACGGAAGAUUUUGUAUUAAACAAAAACUUCUUUCUUCUGUGAGGAGUUGUUGAUAAGUUUUAAAAUGUGAUAGAGGUUGUAAAGAUACUAGCUAAAAUGGUUUAUAGUAAAGUCCCUCGAUUAGUUAGGUACGGUUUAAGUGGGGGAGUAGCGAUUGGUAGUGCUGUAGCUGCCAUGAAAUAUCGUGAAACCGAUUAUAAUUCUUUGGCUGUUGUGAGGCUUAUGAGGGCAGCAUAUACCGCUGUGGAUAUUGGAAGAACUUAUAAGUCUAUGUUAUACAGCAAAGAGUGGGAUAAAAACUCCAAAGAGUACAUUCAAAUCAAAAGUGAGGCGCAUCAAAUUGGCGCGGAGAAAUUGCUUGAAUUAUGCCGAACAAAUAAAGGUGUGUACAUAAAAGUCGGGCAACACGUAGGUGCGCUCGACUACCUGCUGCCUUCGGAAUACGUGACGACAAUGCGUGUUUUGCAUAAAGAUGCCCCUAGAAACACAAUUGAGGAACUUUACAAGGUUAUUAAGGAAGAUUUAAAUCAGGAUCCCCAUGAAUUGUUUAUUGAGUUUGACCCUGAACCACUUGGCACUGCAUCCCUUGCACAAGUACAUAGAGCUAAACUAAAAGAUGGUACUGAGGUAGCUGUUAAAGUUCAGCAUCAUUUUGUUAGAAAGAAUACAAAAAUUGACUUAAAAUGGAUGGAAUUCAUAAUAACCACAAUGUCCAAAGUAUUCCCUGAUUUCCAAAUGCAAUGGCUUAUUGAUGAAACAAAGAAGAAUAUAGCAAAAGAGUUGGAUUUUAUGCAAGAAGGUAAAAAUGCAGAAAGGGUGUCUGCUUUGUUUAGUGAUUACAAGUGGUUAAAGGUACCAAAAAUAUUUUGGGACUACAGCACAGAGAGGGUCUUGGUCAUGGAGUAUGUAAAUGGUGGUCAAGUAAAUGAUGUGAAAUAUAUUAAUGAACAUAAAAUAGAUAAAUACAAUCUAUGUUUAAAACUCGGUGAUCUGUACUCACAUAUGAUAUUUGUGAGUGGAUUUGUGCAUAGCGAUCCACAUCCAGGAAAUAUACUUGUGAAGAAAGACCCCGGUGACAAAGAUGUAACGGUAUUCCUGUUGGACCACGGUUUGUAUGCUCAAUUAUCUGACAAAUUCAGAUAUCAUUAUUCAAAGUUAUGGCUGUCUAUAAUAGCUAGAGAUAAGGAUGAAAUGAAAUUGCAUGCAGAGAAACUUGGCAUACCCAAAGACCUGUAUGGUUUGUUUGCCUGUAUGGUGACUGGACGGCCGUGGGAUGUCAUAUUAAAGGGUAUUGAUCGGACUAAACCAUCAUCUCAAGAGAAAUCGACAUUUCAGAAUGAGUUACCUAAUUUCUUGCAUCACGUGACUCAAUGUUUGGAACAUGUGAAUCGUGAAGCGCUACUAGUUUUGAAGACAAAUGAUUUGAUCCGUAGCAUUGAGUAUGCAUUGGGGAUGCAGGAGCGAAUGUGUGGGUUUAUGGUCAUGACCAAAUGUUGCACACAGAGUAUAUACCAGCUUGAAUAUAAGAAAGAAAAUUCCUUAUUAAGGCGACAAUAUCUCAACACGAAGUAUAUUUGGUCCUUGUUACUACUUUAUGUGUACAAUGUUUUUCUCAAGCUUAGAGAAAAAUUUGUUAUGUACAGUUAGUAUUGAAAAUAUAUUAAAUCAAUGUACAUUUAAGAUGUAAAUGGUCUGACAUUACCAAAAAUAUUUAUU